GCCAUUUACUCGGAGAGGCAUGCUGUCCACCAUAAACAGUCUUUACGAUCCCCUGGGAUUUGCUUCUCCCAUCACUGUCCAGGGAAAGGCAUUAGUGAGAGACAUCUCCUCUGAACAAUAUGAAUGGGACACGCCUCUCCCACCAGAGAAAGAGGCACACUGGAGAGCAUGGAUCAACUCCUUAGCAGACCUGGAGCAGCUUUGCAUUAGCAGAUCAUACCUACCUACCUCCAUGUCAUGCUGUAACAGGGCAGAACUCUGUGUUUUCGCAGAUGCUUCGACUCUGGCCAUAGCUGCUGUAGCCUAUCUGCGUGCCUUGGAUUCUCAAGGAAGAUGGCACGUAGGAUUUGUUAUGGGUAAAUCAAAACUCGCACCUUACCCCAUGCACACCAUUCCACGCCUGGAGUUGUGUGCAGCUGUCUUGGCCGUUGAGCUGGCAGAAGUGAUCCAGUCUGAGAUAGACAUAGAGCUACAGGCAGUCAGGUUCUUCACUGACAGCCGCAUUGUGCUGGGCUACAUUCACAACAGUUCACGAAGGUUCUACACCUACGUAGCUAACCGAGUAGCUCGCAUUCGUGGAUCUACGGAACCAGAACAGUGGCAGUACAUCUUGACAGACCAGAACCCUGCAGACCAGGGAACCAGACCACUUCCAGCAGCUCAACUCUCAUCUUCCAGCUGGUUGCUUGGUCCCCAGUUUCUCAGACAGUCAGCCACGGAACAGGAUGAGGAGGCUGAAACGUUUGAGCUUGUUGAUGCAGACACAGACAACAAGGUCCGUAAGGUCACAGUUAAGACCUUUAGCCAAGGGGUAGUUAAGGAGUACCUUAGACCCAUCUCUGAUGUUGUUCUACUGAUGUCACUAAAGAAAGAGUAAAUAGUGGUAUACAUGUAUACCAAGCGAGGAGUGUGCUGACCUGUCAGUUAUUGGGUGGGGUUAAGUUCCCUCUAGUGAUGAUUUGAGUUACUGCACCUUUAAUUGUUUAAUCGGACCUGAUCGAAGCAGUCUGAAAAUGUGCUCGCCAGAAAUCCGGUUGUACUGACCUAGAAGUGGAACCAACAGUAAGUUCAUGCUGUAAAUCAUUGUAAUAGUUGUUUAGGUUUACCAUAGUGUUGAAUGUAAUGUUAAAAACGCUAAAUUUAAGGUAUAAAAAGAUCGCGAUUAAAAGGUGUUAAUUGCUAGUCGUUACAGGGUACUUAGCUAAGUUAUUUAGCCCUUUGUUAGCCUAAUUUACAUUGAGUUGUAAUUGCACUUCGUCUGAAAGCUAGCUGGCUAUGCAUUUGACUAUGCUUACCUGUUACUUAGCUGAAUAGCUGUCCUCUGUAAAAUGAAAAUGUGUUAUGUAUGUAUAAUUUCGCUAUACUUACCUGAUUUAACUUGCCUUAUUUUUGAAACCUGUAACGAAAAUACUACUUACCUCAGUUUGAAUCUGUGAAGGAAAUCACUUACCUGAGUUAGUUAGUGCCUGUAAAGAGAGAAAAUGUUUAUAUCCAGUUGUAUUUCAUUUCUUAUGUAACAUUGUGUAUCCUGUGUAUUUUAUUGUGUUUCAGUUUUACAAAAACAAACAAAGACAAAACGAUUUCAGUAAAUCAGUCAACCUGGA